CCACUGCCGCCUCACAUUCUUCUCUGGAUAGUUCCCCACCACUGCCUCACAAUCUCCUCCGUUCCCCAUUCUCUCCACCACAACCAGCGCUCCCUGGUCAGGCCGCCCCCUCCCCUUCGUCACCACCGCCGGCGCUCCCUGGUCAGGCUGCCCUCCCCUUCGUCACCAGCAUCGCCGCUCCCUAGCAGGCCGCCCCUCCCCUUCGAAUCAGAUCACAGAAGUGGCCGAGGAGGUCCUCGAGCUCGGCAUGCUCGCGCCAGUGCUAGGCGCCGUUGGAUGCGGACGCGGAGGCUCGGGACUUGCACGCCCUACUCUACCCUGUUCCUUCCAAUCCGGCCCCGAAGUGCUCGAGGAGGCGCUCGAGGUCGGCAUGCUCACCGGCGACGCUGGGUCCCUCCAUCCUCCUGGUUCCCUCGCCAUCGCCAACAUGAGCCUCUCCACCCUCUCCCGCGCGAUCGUCCAGGUCCAGAGUUCACAUGAUGCAGUAUCUUUUUGAAAGAUGAUACAUUAUCUUCAUAAAAGAAAGGAAGUUGGAGGAGUUAUUAUUGAAGAGGGAUUCAGUGACUUCCCGAAGGAGAAGAAGGAGGUGCGGAAAGAGGAUGGGAGCAACAAAUCUGAAUCAAAGAGGGUGAGAAUUACUUAUCGAUGACUCGGGCAUCAACUCUUGAUUUUCGGCGGAAGACACAGGGUCAGAACAACUGGUCUGGGCCGUUGCGCCUAGUAAAUGUCAUCAGAAAUAAAUUCCCUACCUACAAGAAUGGUACGAAUGGGAUAGUCAUCAAAUUUGCUGAUGAGCCAGAAACGCCAUGACUUAAGGAGUCUGUUGCCAAAGAGACAGCAGAUCUGCUUGAUCGGCGUCAGCGUCUUUCAGUCCGCGAGCUCGCAAUGAAAUUUGAGAAGGGCCUCAGUACUGCCACAUUAUUAUCUAAUGAGGUUAAAUGUAAACAAGUGGCUUUAUUGGAGCGAGACAUCCUUCUGAAGAAUCUAAAGAGUGUAUUGGAGUCACUGAGAGGACAAGUAGCUGGCAAAUAUAAGGAUGAAUUUGAGGAAUCAGUAUCUAUGGUGGAUAUUUUAGCAGUUCAGCUGUCCAAAAGAGAAAAUGAGUUGCUUCAGCAGAAAACCGAGGUCAUGAGAAUAGCGACUUCACUGAAACUGGCUUCUGAAGAUGCUAGGAGAAUUGUUGACGAAGAACGAACUAAUGCACGCAUGGAGAUUGAAAAUGCUAGAGCUGCUGUACAAAGAGUUCAAAAAGUACUUCAAGAGAAAGAGAACAGUUCACAAAGAAUUGGAAAGCAGAAGAGGAAGAUCUAGAAAUUUGCAUACCUAGAGGAACUCACCUUCUUGAUGCCCCUUGCUUACAGAAGGUACUCCUCGGGAAUUUGUCCUCCAAGUCUGGGUAUUUUGAUCCUUUGAUAUCUGUGAUGGGGGAAGGGAGAGUAAGGAGGGGGAUGAGGGAUGGCACAUGAGGUUAACAUAUAUAGGUCGACAUCGACUGAGUACGAGCGGCCGUAGGUCACAAGGGGGCGUGGAACUGCUGCAGCCCAUCUGUGACAGAUCAUACUC